AUGGGGAUAAACUACUUGUCCGUCUCCGUGGCAUCAACAGCUCUGAGCUUUGUUGGGCUUCAACCUGCUUCUCGCUUCUUACUUUACCAUCGCCCUCCUCGCAAUUUUUGUGCUCAACUGCUGCUACUUUCUCUCAAGACUCUAUUUUUUGGAGAUUUAUUUAGCGUUGAAGCUAAAACGUUGGUGGUGCGACUUGCCAAUUACAUCAUUUACAAGGGUAUAUUUCUGCCGCUGGUGAUUCCCCCAACAAUAUUUCAGGGUGUAUUGUGGACAGUUUGGCUGACUGUUCUAUGCACUUUAAAGAUGUUUCAAGCUUUGGCUAGAGACCGGCUUGAACGAUUGAAUGCAUCUCCUUCUUCUACACCUCGGACCUACUUUCGUGCGUAUUCUGUGCUCUUCUUGGUUCUCUCUGUUGAUUUCUUGUGGAUAAAGCUUUCCCUUAUGACAUACAAAACAAUAGGUUCUUCUGUGUAUCUGUUUUUACUUUUUGAGCCAUGCAGUAUAGCUUUUGAGACCUUGCAGGCGCUGUUAAUUCAUGGGUUUCAGCUACUUGAUAUGUGGAUCAACCACUUAGCAGUGAAGAACUCGGACUGCCGAAAAUCUAAGUUUCUCGAUUCCAUGACAGCAGGCUCACUGUUGGAAUGGAAGGGCCUACUCAACCGAAACCUUGGUUUCUUCCUGGACAUGGCUACUUUGGUAAUGGCGCUAUGUCAUUUUCUGUACAUCUGGUGGCUGCAUGGUUUGGCCUUUCCUGUGGUGGAUGCAGUUUUGUUACUCUACGUACGUGCAUUGCUCAGUGUAAUUCUGAAACGAAUAAAAGGAUACAUUAAACUGAGAGUAGCUCUAGGAUCUCUCCAUGCAGCCCUGCCUGAUGCAACUUAUGAAGAGUUACGGGCGUAUGAUGAUGAAUGUGCUAUAUGCCGCGAACCUAUGGCUAAGGCUAAAAAGCUUCACUGCAACCACCUUUUCCAUCUUGGUUGCCUGAGAUCAUGGUUGGAUCAAGGUUUGAAUGAGGUCUAUUCUUGUCCUACAUGUCGUAAGCCUCUUUUUGCUGGUAGAACUGAAACUGAGGUGAACCCUCGCACAGCGGAAGUCUCAAGUGAUGAGCAGUUAGCUCGUCAGCUUGAAAGGCAGAACAAUCCUGGACAUCCACUAGCUACUGGAUUGUUUCCCGCCGAUAUACCAAAUCCCAUUGAAAGUGAUCCUUCAAGGGAAUUAGGAUUGGAUCCAAGCUGGCUGCAGACGUGGUCAGGCCAGGGCGUUGAUAUGGCUGGUCCCUCUAGUGCUUCUAGGUCCGUUGGACUGGGGAGGGUUCAGAUGAUGAUGAGGCAUCUUGCAUCUGUUGGAGAAAGUUAUGCGCAAAAUGCACUUGACGAUGCUGCAUGGAGUCUAUGGCCCAUGAGCCCUUCACAAGCAUGAUGUCAUGCCACAUAUGCCUGAUGAAAUUAUCUUCCCGGACUUGCAGAGAACAAACUCUGUUGCUGUGACAGUGAACAAUCUUCUCCAGAUGUGAAUGAUAGAUUUUGUGUAAAAAAUACUGAGCGCUUACUGCACUUCCAUUUCAACCUUAGGUUUAGAUUAAUGAUACUAGACAUCUCCUUGUCCUUAAGUUUACUCACCACCUAGCAUUCCAAGCUUCACCUGCUGUAAAUAGAAGGCGUUGGGCAUCACUCUUUUGCUAUAGAGAUCAAGAGGCUUUCUGUUCAUUGCUCUCUUGCAGAAAAAUAAAAGUUUGGAUAUUUACAGAAGGUGCUGGCUGAUACACUGGUGGUCUGGAGAUAUCUUGUGGCAGUCUGACCUCGGCUUCAAGCUCGAGGGAUAGUGACCAGUCUAUGCUGCUACCUCUCCUGUAUAAGAAUGUGUAAUUUACAGUUAAAAGGAAGUAAAUGAAAGAAUCUACUGUUAUUGAUCCAGUAUAGCCUGUUAUGUAGUAUAUCAUCAAAUAUGUAAACUCAGUUUUCUUUUGUCUACAAAUUAAAAAGUGUC